AUGAUGCUCAUCAGCAACUUCGGUACUAGGCGCCAGUACUUCUACUUCUGCCUCGCUACAGGCGCAGUGAUAACAUGCCUGUUAAAUCUCGCCCUCUUCACUAACAUAGAGAGGCGUACGAUUCAGAUUCCCGGACUCGGUGAAUUUAUCAUACCCUACAGCCAUGCGCCGGCACACUAUGCGAACGAUAACCACCCCAUUCAAAGCCUGAUGGAAGAAGCAAAUGAAAAAUGGGAGAAGUAUGAGAGUUCGCAUUCAACCAAUUUUCGCCAUGUGGUCUCCAAAUACCGCCAAGCAAAUGGCCGGCAUCCUCCCCCGGGGUUUAAAGACUGGUAUCUAUUCGCUCGAAAGAACAAAGUGCACGAUGUGGACAACUUCCAGCAGAUAAUGGAUGACCUGCGACCGUUCUGGGCUAUUCCUCCCGCAGAGAUACGAAAAAUGGCAGCAUCACUACAGGAGAGUCAGGGCAUCGCGGGUAUCCGAAUUCGAGAUCACCAUGUCGUAUCGGAGCCAAAUGGCUGGAGAGCAGAGACAUUGUCGCAUUCGAUCGAGCGCAUUGCGGCAUACCUACCAGAUAUGGAUAUUGCGAUGAAUACUUUGGACCAACCACGAGUUAUGGCGACCUAUGAAGACAUCCAAGAUUACUUGAAAAUCGAAGCAAGGAAUAGGACUAUGUUUGAGUUUCCGGUCGGCAAAUUCACACGCAAUAUGCUGCAUUUGUACGAUCCGAAUGCCACCAAUGCCAAUAUCGACCCGGGGUGGUUUUCUGUCGCAGGAAAGCCCUACAUGGAAUUUGCGCAGGAGUCAUGUUCACCCGGUUCACCAGCUCGAAAUGAUAGCAUGGGCACCGAGGAAAUUGAAAAGCUGUACAAGACUCCUGUGGGCGGUUUCAUCUCUAACUUUACCGGUUCAUCGGACUUAUGUACCGUGGGACCAAUUUUGGGUGACCAACACGGGUUCUUGUUUUCAGCCUCCAGUAACGUCAUCACGAGAAAAUUACUUCCUGUGUUUGGUGAGUGCAAGGUCAGCGUCAACAAUGAUAUCCUGUUCCCUGCGAACAUGUACUUCCUCAAGGACCCGCGAUAUGUCUUCAACCCACUUCAUGACAAAUCCUGGAAUUACAAAGAUGAUUCCUUAUUGUGGCGUGGUGUGACUUCAGGUGGAAUCCAAGUGGAAGAUAAUUGGCAUCGCUUACAUCGCCAGCGUUUUGUCCACAUGACAAACGCCACCGAAAUGAAUUCUCAAACCGUGUCAAUCUUAUCCCAGGAUAUGAAAAACGGAUACCAACCUAUGGAUUUCCAGCCUGCCGAAUUUGCGACAUCCUACUUUGAUGUGGGCUUCACAGAGGCCUGGGGCUGUAUUCCGGACUGUUCCUUCUACGAUAAUGUCUGGACAUACAAGGAACCCAAGGAUUUUAGCGAACAGUUCAAGGCAAAGUACCUGGUUGAUAUUGAUGGCCACAGUUUCUCUGGUCGCUGGCGCGCAUUCCAUCAGAGCAGGUCAUUAGGUCUGAAAGCUACAAUCUUCAGAGAGUGGCACGACUCUAGACUUCUUGCAUGGCGUCACUUUGUACCGAUGGAUAACAUGUAUGGGGAUUUGUAUUCCCUCAUGACUUACUUUAUUGGUAUGAAUUCUUCUCAGACCAACGCUCCUCAUGACGCCAUUGCUCCUGGACCUGCUAUCGCCUCACAUGAUUUUGAAGCUCAAAUGAUUGCGACCCAGAGUCGUGAGUGGGCCCAGCUCGCACUUCGUGACGAGGACCUGGAAAUCUAUCUCUAUCUUCUCCUGCUAGAGUAUGGACGUAUCAUCGAUGAUAACCGUGACGUUCUGGGAUACGCUGGGGAUGGGAGUGAGCUUGCAGAAUUUGAUGUCGAAUAUCAAUUGACAGCACCUCUGUAA